AUGACAAAACUACCCUGCAGAAACAACUGUCACAGAAAGGGGGAGAUGAACAGCAACAAACACAAAACAACAGCACCAGCACAAACACCAGCACCAGCACCAGCAGCAGAAGCAACAGCAUCAGCACCAACAACAGCAGCAGAAGCAACGAAAGUAGCAGCACCAUUAGCAGCAGCAGCAGCAGCAUCAGCAGCAGCAGUGCCAACACCAGCAGCAGAAGCAACGAAAGCAGCAGCAGAAGCAGCAGCAACAGCAGCAGCGCCAACACCAGCAGCUGAAGCAGCAAAAGCAGCAGCAGCAGCAGCAGCAGAAGCAGCAGCAGCAGCAGCAGCAGCAGCGUACCGCUUGCAAGGAGAUAAAUAUUAA